AGCAUGCCGUAGAAAAAAAGAAAAAAAAGGUACUGAAAUCAAACGAAAUACAGCACUUUACAGUACAAUUGUAUUUCUCUUUUAGUAAACUUUGGAAAUAGUUACCAUCUGCUUCAUCUGCUCCACGUCUCUUUAAAUGCGAACAUGAGUAAGACAAAAUUGUAGAACACACGAGAGGUAGAGCAGAUAAACACUGCAUCUGCUCUAGAACACUUCAACUGGGAGAGAGAAAAACCUUGCCUUUUCACAAAUGCUGCUUAGAGAAACCUUUCGCAAGACCAAGGUUAUACUUCACAAAACCCUCCGUAGUUUCAAGUCUGUCAUCUUUGGAGGGUACCAAAAACUACCCAGAUCUCUCUCCUUCAAUCCAUUCCUUGGUCGCAGUGGCAAUGCCACAACUUACACAAGUGAUCAAUUCUACAAUGAGUUUUAUGACAUGCUGCAGUCUGAUCUGAACAGAAUAAAGAGGGGUGCCGACAACAGCAGCAUGAGCAGGUCGAGAGAGGAAAGGGAAGAUGCUGCAAAAGCUGAAAGCUUGACGGAAGAAAGCACAGAAAAGAGCGUUGGUGAAGUUGGAGAAAUGGAAGAGAAGAAAAGCAAAGGGAGCCGUGAACUGGGAAAGAAAGAGGGUGUUUAUGACUUGGCGCAAAAGAUGAAGGAAUUGGAGAUGAUGAAUACGGGUGAUGUUGAGCACGUGCUAGACAUAGAAGAGGCACUUCACUACUACUCACGCCUCAAAAGUCCUGUUUAUUUGGAUAUUGUGGACAAGUUCUUCAAUGACAUGCACACUGAAUUCUCAGUUCAAGAGUCCUCUAUCAGCGUCAAACGCUCCAAGUCAAAGGGAAGACUUGGCUCGAUCAGGUUGUAGAUAAGUUAAUCUUUACGCAGAGAAUGUUGUAGUGUAUAUGAAAUUGAAAACUCUUUUGUUUUGCCAUUUUGUGUCUCUGGUUUUCCUUCUCCCAGUGUGCUUAGAGCUAUUUGAAUUUGCUUGGAGUGAAUUCCCGCUAUUUAUA